AUGAUAAGAGUCACUUCCUCAAUGCUAGAGUGUAAUACCCAACGAUUACACAAAAAAAAAUUCGAGACCACUCAUCAAUCAAGUGACGAUAUCGCAACAGCGUCGAGUUACUAUGAGGUGGAAAGGCGUUCAAAUGGCCUUGAAUCGGUGAAAGAAGCAAUGCAGAUACAACUGUCGUCAGAUUCGAAAUCUUGGUGCAACCACACACAACUCAUAGUUACAGAUGCUUGCCUCGAAACUCAUCGAAUUUUGAUGCAAACACGUGAAGAUUUGGUCGUUGACCGCUUGGAGUGCGAAAAUGUGCGGAUUAAUCAUCAACCCAACUCUUUCAAAGAAACGGCAGUAAUCUUACAUGUCACUUUCGAUAACAGAAAAACGAAAUUCAAUUUGGGGCUUGGACUGGGCUUUGCGAACGAAAAAUUGAAUUUACGUGGGCAUAUCAGGAUUAACAUUCUCGCUCGAAUUCGUGGCGCUAUUCUUUUACGGAAGAAGUUGAGAUUUGAAGGUGUGAAGCAGAUUAAUUGUUUGCAAAUGGUUAUCUAG